AUACUUUAAUGUAAACACGAUCAGCUGUUUGGGAGGAAGCGAGACCAAGGGCGACGCUCCCUCAGUUUUCAUCUUUUUCCGAGCCGUCUGGGGCGUUUGAUGAGGCAGUUAUGGGGGCUAUAACCAGUAGACAGAACGCUGGUGUGGAGGAAGUGGACAUUGGGGUCAACCACGCCUACAGAUACCCUCCGAAAUCAGGAAACUACUUCAGCAGCUAUUUCAUUAUGGGCGGGGAACGGUUCGACACAGCAGUGCCAGAGAUGUAUCUCUUUGGUGAGAACAUGGAUGUCAACUUCUUAGGUUCUCGUCCAGCUCCAUUUCCCUAUCCUGCUCCAACAGCAAAUGAGCCAAGCAAAACUCUGAAGGCACUCCUUAAUAUAAGGAAAGAGAGCUUGCGUUUUGUGCGUGCACCAGACGACUCUGCCAUGUUAAAAGAGGCAGAGGAUAGAACGGCCACAACUAGAUUUAACAUUGAAUUCACUUUUGACUGUGAUGUACGAUGUGCUAUAACCAUCAUGUACUUCUGUACGGAAGAGGUGACAAGUAAUGGGAUAAUCUACACUCCACGUGAUCCAAACAUGAAUUCGGAGACCUACCACUACAAGCGAGGAGCAAAUCAACAGUUUUCACAAGUCUGCCACGUGUUCGACCCAUCACUAUACCCCGAGGAAGAUCUGAUGUAUAGCUUUGACCGUGAAGUUAUGCCCAUUGUCAUUUAUUGUCUGGCAGAAGAAGGGGAAGAGCCUCGCCAGUCCCAUGUGACAUUUGCUGUGGUGGAGAAGCACAGCGAGGGAUAUGUCUUGAAGCCUCUCAAGCAAAAGCUGUUCGUGGAUGGGCUGUCAUACCUCCUGCAGGAAAUCUAUGGCAUCGAGAACAAAAAAGCAGACAAUGCUAAAGUGGCAACAGAGGAGGACACCGAGGAUAAUGGAGCAGAAUGUGUAAUCUGCAUGUGUGACCUGCGAGACACUCUCAUUCUGCCCUGCCGUCAUCUGUGUCUGUGUAAUUGCUGUGCAGAUUCCCUCAGAUACCAAGCCAACAACUGCCCCAUUUGUCGUGCUCCAUUCAGAGCUUUGCUGCAGAUAAAAGCCCUUCAGAAGAGUACUGGACAGGUGACCAAUCCACAGCCAAACACUGAGGGCUGUGAUAAUGUCCCUCCAGGCUAUGAGGCCGUGCCCUUGAUUGAGGCGCUCAAUGGCCCCUCGGUGGCGCCCCUGCAGCCCACAGCCCCUCCUGCCCAUGAUCUGUACAUCCAGCUGCCUCAGAGUCCAGCAGAUGUUCCGGCAGAUGCCAUUGUCCGCAAUGAAGCCUCAAGAUGCUUUAUUGAGAGCAUCACAAUCAGAUCUGGCACAGGGACCCUUGAGGACUCUACCACGCAGACCGAGCAGCCACCCAGUUCUUGUGAGACAAAUAACAGUUCAUCUGUAGUUCCUGAGAUGCGAAUGUCAGUUCUGCUUGCUCAGGAGUCAGAUGAUGUCACAAGUACAAAGAUGGAGAACAUGGCAAGCACCCCUGUUUCCUCAGCAAAGAAAAAGGCAGGCCGCAAACAUUCCCGGGAGAAGCAGCAGUUUGGCUCUAAGGACAGCGUAAAAAUUGUGAAUGAAAUUGGGGGACAACGUAACAAGGAACCUGUGGACCCAGCAGAAACACGAAGCUUAUUGGACGAAGACAAAUCAGAGAUCGACACUGGCGUUGAUAGCAGCCAGGACCCAGCCCUACAGCAGGCCGUACUGAAUCCUGAGGAACAGCCUCAGAAGGAGCUGCGAGCCCCCCAGGCAGAGGCAGAAGUCGAUGAGGAGGAAACUGGAGAAGAGGAGCCAGAGUUGGAAGAGGAAAAUGAGGAAGAAAUGGAAGGAGAAGACAAUGACACGGAGAAUUCCCUCAGCUCCCUCCCCACUUUAGCCAUGAGGUGUGCUCCCAACUCAGAGGUCGACGUGGAGGACAGCAUAUCACAGGCUCCGACAGAAUCACCUGUUUGGACCCCCAGAAAGAACCUGCGCAGGGAAAGAGCUAGCGCUUCCUCCGAGAGUGGAGUGCCAGCAUCGCCUAACGGUGGCUUCUCCUCCCUCACCCACCAAAGCGAUUCGCUGUCUCUGCCAGGCACACCUCUCAGUAAUGCCUCUGUGAUCAGUCGGUCAUCCGAUGCCUCUGUGAGCUCGGCAUCGUCCACCCGUGCACUUCUCUCGCACCCCACUGAUGGCUUUCCUUCCAGCGUGGUUUAAACGUUCACUACGUAGUGGCAGUUGUCAGGUUUUUUUCUUUUCUUUCUUUAUUCUAUUAUGAUGACGACUGUCCUUCUCAAAUGUAAGUCACAAGUGAUACCCACCACAGUAUGAAUUGUGAGGUCCAUUGUAUUUUUGUCAGCAUUUCUUAAAUUUUGCAGAAUGAAAGACUUUACAAGAUUUGCAUAUAUGAGCCAGAUGCAUGCAAUGUUGCUUUUGUCUUCAGUAGGGAAUUCUUUUUAAUAUAUGAGGGAGGUCUCGUCGUCAAUUGUAUUUGAAGUAUUUCGUCCUUGCUGUCUUUAUCAUUCAUUUUUCUUGUACAGCAUAGAGUUGGUGCAUAAAAAAAAAACUUUAUAUGUAUAAAUUGUCAAGACUACAAAAUUAGCAUAGUAUUGUUAGUAUAUCAAUUUUAUUUGGGUCAUUCACAGGCUGUUGGAAGGAAUAUAUCCUCUAUUAACAAAAUCAUCAAGUUGUUAUUUAUGGGUAAAACCAAAUAUAGAAUUCUGAUGAAAUUGAAAAGUGUCAGGUUACUAUUAAAAAGAUAUUAUUGUAGAGUUUCACUGAUCAAAACAAGUUAUGAAUUCCAUCCGCUGUUUUUAGAUCUGCAGUAACCUUAGUAAUUAUAGUUUGGUACCAAAGGCCACAAAGGAUUUUUUUUUUUUUUUGUUCAAGUCAGUUUCAGCUAAGAAUUAUAUGGCUGUGAUAUUAAGCAGAUCUGCUGUGUCUAUUCAUUUAUAUAUAUUGGCUUUUGUUUGUAAUGCUGUCAUUAUCCUAAAGGAUGAAUGUGUUGUCUCUCACUUUGUUCACAUAUCGUUAGAAGUUCACAGGUAAUGAAUAUGUCAUUUAUAAGGGUUUACUAUUAAACCUUUGUUAUUAGUUUCUAAAAUGUAUAUCUUGCAAAUAUCAGAAUAUAAGAGGUAUUUACUAGGCUUGAAGUUUACUCUGAUGCAUCACAUGUCAUUCAAAGAGAUUCAUUUUGUGACAUAUUGUUAGAGGUUUUUGUUAUUAAUAGGGAGGAUUAAAAUGCAGUAUUUUAUCACAUACAGUAUAUGAAACUGGAGGCAGUAUUUUUCAUCUUUUGGACAGCUCUGUGGAAGUUUCGCAGAUUUCUUAGGUGUCAUGAACUCUUCACAGGACGAAGAGAUGCAUGCAGUGGAGGAAAGGGGUGAAUUUAAUCAGAUUAUGUUCGGGUAUGAAGUAGGUUCAGCAUAGGGGAUUUAUUGUUAAUGCUUUCGUUGUUUUUUUUUUUGUUUUUAAUAG